GUCAUUCUUCCGAUCGAGGCCGCGCAUCUCACAACGCAGCACUUCAUACGUUGCGUGACAUAGACUCCUAUAAAUGGCUCGUCGCAGCCGUAAACAAAGAGUGACACACAAAAGGAAGGUCACAAUUACAGGUUAAAACAAACACCGAUCGAAUUUUUAAGUGAUUGGUGAAAAAGUUUUGCGUCACAACCAUCCUGAAGGACUGCAGAAUUCUCCAUUUGCUUUUAACUGCCGCAACUCGCCAAAGCAUGACGAAUACAGCAGCGCUCAUUACCGUGGCCGAUAUAGUUGGUUGGGGUUAUUUUUUGUCUUGGACGGUAUCGUUUUUCCCACAAAUUUAUGAAAACUGGAGGCGAAAAUGUGUGGUUGGCUUUUCUUUCGACAUGUGGGCUUACUUCUUUCUCAGUUAUAUUACCUACAUGAUUUACAAUGUGACGGUCUAUUUCGACCCGAAGGCGGUCAUGUCUAAUUUAGAUCAGGAUAACCCGGUCAAGCUGACAGACGUGGUAUUCUCUAUCGUAGCGUUUGCCUGUACUACUACUCAGGGCAUACAGUGCUUGAUGUACGAUCGGGGAUCGCAGGAAAUUCAUCGUAGCACAAUUGCCAUUUGUGCUGGUUGCUUACUGGCCCUCGUUGUACUAACUGUUCUCAGCCUUUUUGGCAUCCUCGGCUCGUGGUUUGUGGUCCUUCAGUAUUGUGGAUAUGUUAAGUUUAUCGUUUCAUUUGGGACGUAUUCACCUCAAGUGUGGCUCAACUUCAAACGCAAAUCCACAGAGGGGUUCCAUAUUGGUGGAGUGCUGCUGGAUUUUGGUGGAGGAGUACUCAGUCUGUUACAGAUGGAUCUUUACUGCUUCAUUGAACACAGCAACAAUCAGCUAACAGGGAACAUUCCUAAGAUGGCACUUGCUGUCUCCACUCUCUUAUUCAACAUCAUCCUCAUUUGGCAACAUUAUGUGUUCUAUUUGGGAAAUGAACACCGUUCUAGUGAUAGUGAGAAAGAACCUCUGUUAAGAGGUGAAAGGUCAAAUGAGUUUUAUACAGUAAAUGUCCAUGCUGAGGAUGGAGAUUAUAUUGUGAUAAGUUUUCAAGAUUCAGAGGAGGAAAGCACAACCCAACGUGCUGCUGGUUCUCAGGAGUCUUUGGUGUAAAUUUUUCUUUUAAAGCAAAAACAAUCCUCAAAUGUUUUAUAUUUUGAUUUCAACAGGGGAUGAUCUGAUUUUGUAUAUAUGCAUUUGAAAACAAAUGUAAUCAAAAAUUUGAUAAUCUACAUUUUUAUUGAUAGUUUUAUCUUUACAAAGAAUUUUUUAUUUAUUGAAUUUUUUAAUGGCUAAAUUUUAGUGUACAUAUUAAUCUUUAAUUGUUGGAAUUGAAAGUGGACUUAAAAUUACACCACAUAAUUAAGGGAAAAACUCAAGUCUGCAUUGUGUACAACU